CCACAAUUGGCAGAUGCAGAACUGCCACCCUUCCUGGUUGGAAAGCUCCUUGAGAUGUGCACCCAGGUGCUGGGCUGAGCCGCGUUGCCAGGAGACACAGGGGGCGGUUGGCCAGACACAGAACCGUCGACCCCUGUGGCGGGGUGGAGAGCCCGGCUGGCUUUAUUUCAAAGCUCUCUAAGGAGGCGGGCGGGGCCGCGGGGCAGGGAGGACUGGCUGGUCUCUGGGCGUCCCUAUGAAGAGGAUCUUUUGGUCCAGGAGGAGGGGCCCUCGGCCGGGCCACUCCUCCACCAGCCGGUGGGCAGCCUGCCUGGGCUUUGGGUGUGCGGGAGGUGAAAGGCAGGCAGUGCCCAGAUACCUCACUGGAUACUGCGCGGUGGGACGGCUCCACCGAGCUGCGAGUGUCGGCGCUGUAGCUACAGUGGAGCGUUUCCUCACGUUCCGGGUAAACGGUGUCAACGACCCAGACAAGAGGAACAGAACUGCACUGCACUAUGCUUGUGCUCAUGGCCACCUGGGGGUGGUAACUCUUCUCAUAGAGAGGAACUGCAACAUUAAUGCCUGCGAUGACGACAAGUGCACGCCUCUCAUUAAGGCCUCACAGCAUCAGCAUGGGGACUGUGUGGCUGCCUUGCUACAGCACGGUGCAGAUCCCAGUGCUGUGGAUGCUCUUGGAAACACUGCCCUCCACUAUGCAGUGCACAGUGAAAACACGUUCAUAGCUUCCCAGCUCCUUGAACACAGCGCAAACAUUGAAGCCAAAACAAAGGAGGGCUUCACACCACUUUCACUGGCUCUACGGCAAAACAAAGACCUGAUUGGGGAACUUUUAAUACAGAAGGGUGCAAAUAUACACACAGUGUUCCACCCAGACAGUGGAGCAAUACCCAAGAAACAGCAAAACCGAAUAUGUAAAAAAAAUCCAUGCAGAGCAGUGCAGGAGGAAGUUGCUUUAAAAACCAGUACUCCAAGACAAAAAGCAUCUAAAGCCAGGAAAACAAACCUACCAUCCAACCAUCUGCAAAAGACAUCUCAAGAACAAAAGGAGAAAAAGAAAUGUGAUGCAGGACAUAGACCUGUACAUUCAGGAUGUGCUCCUACGAAAACAGCAGAGGAAGCCCAGCAAGGGGAACAGCUUAAUAAAGUCCUCAGAAACAAAUUAAGGUUGUUUCCUCAACCCUUUGAGAAAGAGCCACCACCUAGCAUCUCUAAAGCAAAAGCCCACUUGAAGGUUGAAGAAGAGAGGAAGUACGGACUCCAGGAACCGAAUGUAGCACUGGAGAACUCUGACGACAGAACAGCUUGUGCUGUUGCUUCUGCCUCUGCUGCUGCUGUAGCUGCUGUUUCAGCCUCUACUUAUGCGGAAUCUGCUUCCUCCUCUGCUUCGGCAGCUUCCACUUCCGCUGCUUCCGCCUCUGCUUCCGCUUCCGCCUCUGAUGCCUCUGCUGCUGCUGCGGCUGCAGCGGCAGCUGCUUCUGCUGUGGCCUCCUCCAACGCUACUGUUAAUGCUGUGGUCGCUGCUGCUGUCACUGCUGCUCUCGCAGCGGUUACUGCUAUUGCUGACCACAAAGGCAAUGAACCAACUCCUCAAAGGCACAGUGGGGCUACUAAUGACAAGGAUUUCGCACUUAAGGCAAAAAAAGAACAUGAUAAGAGAGAACCUGCCACGCAUUUGAUGGAAAUGGGAGAUUCCAUGGCAACGUUUGAGAAGUGUGCUGCAGACACGAGUGCUGUGUUACUGUUGAAGCAGAGCUGUGCUCGCCAACUCCAUCGGGACGGACAAAGCCCUGCAAAGAGCACAUCUAAAGAAAAGCACGAGGCCAAGAAGCAAAUCAAUGGUGUGGAGGGCCUGGAAGAUGGGACUCUGCCGCGUGAAGCAGCCUCAGAUGACUAUAGAGAUUCUGGUUGCCUACUGGGACUCUGGGAUGAAUUAUAUUUAUGUAAAAGACUGCUAGAAAUUAAAAAUAGUUGUGGUGAUGUACUUAGAAGAGAAAUUAAAAAAAUGGAAACUAAGCAUGGUGGAACACACAAAGAGCUCUCCAAAAUUACAAAAGUGUUAUCGCAGCAAGAGCAACGAGAAACAGACUGGGAAGAACUCUGCAAUCUGGGGUCUUCCUUAAAACAAAAUAAGAAAAUAAUACAUGAUGAUUGUUCUGAUGGAAUAGUGAAAACUGAGUUAAGAGGUAGGGAAAGGCAAUAUUAUGAAGAAUUUGGAAGGCAGCUAUGGUCACCACUGUACCAUCAAUGCUAUAAUGAAGAAUUUGAAGUCAGUCAACAUGAACUGUUCCUAGAGAAUCUAAAUAUGAACUUAAAAGCUUUACACAACAGUGUGGCACAGUUGCAGGAAGCACAGUUGCAAGAAGAUCCACAGCGGGAAGGUGUCCUGAGUUCUGCAAGAAUGGAACAUCUGCUAUGGAAGCUGGAAGUUGAGUGUCUCAAGUUAGAAGACUCGGUAAAGAACCAAGCAGAAGAAAUUGAAGAGAUUGAGAAUCAACUGUUACGAGAAGACUUGACUGGAGACAAAAAGAAAGAACGAAGAGAAGUGACCCAGUCAACGCAAUCUCUGGUACGUGCUUUGGAACAGGAGAUGGAGAAAAGUGAAGAAUUAGAAAAGGAACUAUGUGGAUUUAUGGAAGUCUUAAAAAUAACAGGAAAGAAGUUAGAUGAAUGUGAAAAUAGAGAAUUGUAUUUCUAUGAAGAUAUGAAAACGAGAACAUUUGAAAUGCUACAACAUGAGAUAAAUUAUCUUAAAGAUUCAUGGGAAUCUAUGCAUUGCAAGUAUCUACAUCAAGAUAUAAACCUUCAGUUGACUGAGCAAGAAUUGUUAAAAAUAAAAACAGAACAAGAGAAUUAUGAACACCUUCACAAGACUCAAGGAAAUGUGGAAAAGGAGGUGCUAACCCUCAAAGGGCUGGCUCAGGAGAGUGUGACACAAGCAGAAGAGGGAAAAAAAUUAGAGAAAGUAAGAGAGAGAAAUGAGUCAAGGAUGAGUCAAGUGUUUCUCAGAGUCAAAGGUUUAGAAUCAAGACUCCCUGAGAUAAAAAGGCAAGUGGAUUCUACCAGAAGAGAAGUGAAAAAACAUAAACAACUCUAUGUAGAAGAAAAUAAAGGCAGAAAAUCACUUUCUCAUACACUAAACAAGACAAUGGAAAAGCUAGCAGUGUCUAAAACAAAGCUUAUGAGGCUGAAUCAGCAGAAGAUGACCUUGGAAACUAUUCUGAGUUCCCUGCCUGUUCAACAGUGCCCUCAUAUUGCCAAGUUCAAUCCUGCUGUGGGGCACAACCCAAGGUUUCCUCCAAGAGUGCCUCAUUUCUUCCUGCCUCUGAGCCUCAGCCUGUUUUUGAGAGCAUGCAGAAGGACCUGUCCAGGGUUAGUAAAGUUUUCUUGUUCCUUUGGAAAUUUUCAGUUUCUAAAAUAA